AUGCAGGUAGACGCAACAAAUGUCUUCCUCAAUAGUGUCAAGGAAUGUGCUCCAAUAAUUUUAGAAAAAAACAGCUUCCCACUUCUUGAGUUCAAGAAGCCCGUCUACAAUGAAGAAUUGACCAACGAGAUUGCAAAACUUCUUCGAAACCUGAAACUUACACCAGCAAUUGCUCAAACAAUACAAUAUCUGAUGAAACAUGAUCCCACAAAAUCAACUUUAAGGAGGACAGGGAAUGCGCCCAACAACCUGAAAAGUCAAACGAUUGUGGAGUGUUUGUCAUGUACUACAUGCAGAAGUUGUCACAAGAAAAACAAAUUGAAGACAGCUUGA